CCACUCUGCCAAUCUCACGAUCCGGUUUGGUUUCAUCACUGUUUCUGAUGCUCCCUCAAAGCCCAGUCAAAUCGCCUCAUUCGCCAUCACCGCUCAUCUCUCUGUUGGAUUGUCGACUUUAACAUGAGCAGAACGAAGCGCGCCGAGUCGCCUGACGUCGACGCGAUCGAGGAAGAUGAGAAACAAUACGGCAGCGGCCCGCUCAGCCUCGAGGAGCUGGACGAGCACUUCCCCAACCGCCCGCGCAACCACUCCAAAACACCCCCCUUCUCGGAUCUUUACCAAUCCCUCUUCAACCCGCUCAUAGAAUGCAAACCCACCAGCUCCGGCCCAGGCCCUGCCCUCCGCGGCCGCCGCGGCGCCGGCGCCGCCCCCUCCAAACUCUCCUACCACGAACAGCGCCGCCACAUCAUCGAGCGCUACAUGGCCCGUUGGCGCGCUGGGGUCGGCCCGGACUUUUACCCGGCCAUGCGCCUCAUACUGCCGGACAAGGACCGCGACCGCGGCGUGUACGGCCUGAAGGAGAACACCAUCGGCAAGCUGCUCGUCAAGGUCAUGAAGAUUGACCGCAACUCGGAGGACGGGUACGCGCUCAUGCACUGGAAGCUGCCUGGCCAAGGGGGAGGGGGCGGAGGCAUGGGUGGCCGGUUCGGGAGCACGAGGAGCGCGGGGGAUUUUGCGGGGCGGUGUUUUGAGAUUGUUGGGAAGCGGCAGAUGCGGACUGAGCCGGGGGAGUUUACUAUUGGGGAGGUGAAUGUUAUGCUGGAUCGGCUGGCGGGAGCGAGUGGUGAGGCGGAGCAGCUGCCGAUCUUUGAGGAGUUUUACCAGGGCAUGAAUGCCGAGGAGCUGAUGUGGUUGGUGAGAAUCAUACUCAAGGAUAUGAAGGUGGGCGCGACCGAGAGGACGUUUCUGGGGUUGUGGCAUCCGGAUGCCGAGGCGCUGUUUAGCGUGUCGUCGAGCUUGAGGCGGGUGUGUUGGGAGUUGUACGAUCCCGAGUUUCGGUUGGAGCAGCAGGAGACGGGAGUGACGCUCAUGUCGUGCUUCCAGCCUCAGCUGGCGCAGUUCCAGAUGACGACGACGUUUACAAAGUUGGUCACCAACUUGGGCGUCACAGAAGACGAACCCGAGUUUUGGAUCGAGGAGAAGCUGGAUGGCGAGCGAAUGCAGGUGCACAUGCAGGAGGAUGAUACCGUGCCGGGAGGGUACAGGUUUGCGUUCUGGUCGCGCAAGGCCAAGGAUUAUACAUACCUGUAUGGGAGCGGGCUGGAAGAUGAUGGUUCAGCGCUCACCCGGCACCUCAAGAACGCCUUCGACAGUGGCGUCCGCAACCUAAUUCUCGACGGCGAGAUGAUCACCUGGGACCCCGAGGUCGACAAAAUUGUGCCUUUUGGAACUCUCAAGACGGCCGCUAAAGAACAGCAGAAGAAUCCCUUCCAAACCGGUCCACGACCCCUCUACCGCGUCUUCGACAUCCUCCUUCUCAACGACAAGUCCCUGACCGAAUAUACCCUCGCGGACCGCCACCGGGCUCUCGAGCGCGCUGUUAAAGGUGAACCGCGCCGCCUUGAAAUUCACCCUUACGAAUCCGCCACCUCGGCCGACGCAAUCGAGCCAUUCCUCCGCAAGGUCGUCGCCGAAGCCUCCGAGGGCCUCGUCCUCAAGAACCCGCGCUCGCGGUACCAGCUCAACAGCCGCAACAACGACUGGAUCAAGGUCAAGCCCGAGUACAUGUCCGAGUUUGGUGAGUCGCUCGACUGCGUCGUCGUGGGCGGCUACUACGGCUCGGGCCGGCGCGGCGGCACGCUGUCCACCUUCCUCUGUGGGGUGCGCGUCAGCGAGAACUUUGUCAGGUCGGGCGCCGCCGCCAGCAGGGAGAAGUGCCUCAGCUUCUGCAAGGUCGGCGGCGGGUUCAAGGCCGAGGACUACAGCGAGAUCCGGCACCUCACGGAGGGCAAGUGGAAGGACUGGGACGGCGCCAACCCGCCGUCCGAGUUCAUCGAGCUCGGUGGCGGGGAGAGGCUGCAGUACGAGCGGCCCGACGUGUGGAUCCGCCCGAGCGAGUCGAUCGUCAUCUCGAUCAAGGCGGCCUCGUUUGCGCCGUCGGACCAGUUUGCCAUGGGCUGGACGCUGCGGUUUCCUCGGUUCCGCAAGCUGCGGCUCGACAAGGCGUGGGACGCGGGCAUGGACGUGGACGAGGUGGAGGCCCUGCGGACCAAGGUCAAGCAGGAGGAGAAGGAGCGCAAGGCCAUGGAGAUGGAGAACCGCAAGCGGAAGCCGGCGAAGCGCCAGAAGAGGGAGCUGGUCAUCGCCGGCGCUGCAGAUCCCGCGGACGCGACGGCCGAGUUCGCGGCUGCGAAGAAGCCCCGGACCGAGCUGUUCCAAGGGCUGAAUUUCUGUGUCUUGUCGGAGGCCGUCCAUCCCAAGAAGAUGUCCAAGCCGGCGUUGGAGAAGUUGAUCAAGGAUAAUGGCGGGCGCAUUCACCAGACGGUGGAUAAGGGAUCGGGAAUGAUCCUCUUGGCAGACAAGAAUGUCGUCAAGGUGGCGAGCCUCAAGAGGACGGGCGAUGCCGACAUUGUGCGGCCCAAGUGGGUGUUUGACUGCUUGGAGCAAAACGGGGGAGAAGGGUAUCUUCUCCCCUUUGAGGAGAGCCAUCUCUUCCAUGCGACCGAGGGAAUGAAGAAGGUCGCGGAGGAGAGCACGGAUCAGUACGGGGACAGCUAUGCACGGGACGCGGGUGUCGACGAGCUGAGAGAGAUAUUGGACAGGAUGGAUAUGCCUGACGGCGAAGGACGGCCGUUUGACGCCGGUAGGGUUUUGGACCAGCUUGAGGAGCACGGCAAUGACUUGGAAUCGUUGAAGAGCUUUAUGUUCAGGAGAUGUCGAGUCUACUUUGCGCUCGGCGAGCGCCUGCCUUCAACAACGGCCCUCAGGCUGAAGAGUUAUGUACGGUUUGGGAAUGGUGAGGUGGUGGAUAAUAUCAACAAUAAUAGGAUCACACAUGUGGUUGUCGUCGGCGGGAAGGAGGACACGGCAGCGUCUGAAAAGGUGGUUGCGGCAGAUGUGAGGUACAAGGUCAGCUCGAGGAGGGCGGUGCCCAGGAUUGUCUCGGCGAGAUGGGUUGAGGAUUGCUGGAAGGAGGGUACAUUGGUGGAUGAGGAAGAAUGUGCCCCAACUUGACGGAAGUGUACACUACGAUGGAAGGAUGAGAAGGCAAUGCCCAAUAGCCUUGGCGCUGCAGUUGAUGAGAGUAUCAGGGACAUUCGUCCUAUUUCUUGAACAAGGGGGCCUGUCUCACUGUAGGUCAGACUUGUCGCGGCGUCGGCCAAGAACGCCGACAUGCACCUCAGGCAAAGUUCAUCUUUUCGAUCUAGUCACUGCUGCCUACCAAGAGUAAAGAGUAUACUACUUGCCAAUAGUCAAGAAAAGCCU